GAGCCAGUGAGCUCAGCUUCCUGCAUCUUCUCUCCAUCAGUCUCAUCUUAAGAAUCUCUCCAGUUUGUGCAACGUUACUGCCUGCAUCAUGUCUGUGAGCAGUUACCAAGUCAGGUCAUCUGGCCAGAAGGCCAGCAGAAGCAACUAUGGAGGGUUCAGCAGCUCCUCAUUGUCUGGAGCUGGAUUUGGCGGUGGCUUGGUGUCCCAAAGCUCCGUCGUCAACUACGGAAGCGCUGGUGGCUUUGGUGGAAGCGCUGGUGGCUUUGGUGGAAGCGCUGGCGGCUUUGGUGGCAGCGCUGGCUAUGGUGGAAGCGCUGGCUAUGGUGGAAGCGCUGGCUAUGGUGGCAGUGCUGGCUAUGGCGGCGGCGAUGGGCUCCUCUUGGGUGGAGAGAAGCAGACCAUGCAAAACCUGAAUGAUCGUCUGGCAACUUAUCUCGAUAAAGUGCGAGCUCUGGAGUCUGCUAAUGCCGAGCUGGAGAAGAAAAUUAGAGAGUGGUAUGAACAGCACAACUCAACAAACAGCCACCAAAGAGGAGACUACUCCAAGUACUUCAACAUCAUCGAAGAUUUGAGGAGCAAGAUUAUCUCUGCCAGUACAGACAAUGCUAGAGUGGUCCUGCAGAUUGACAAUGCCCGACUGGCUGCUGAUGACUUCAGAAUGAAGUAUGAAAAUGAAUUGACCCUACGCCAAAGUGUGGAGACCGACAUCAACGGACUCCGACGUGUCUUGGAUGAACUGACACUUGGCAGGUCUGACCUUGAACUGCAGAUUGAGUCUUUGACUGAAGAACUGGCUUUCCUCAAAAAGAACCAUCUAGAGGAGAUGAAUUCCAUUAAGGGUGGUACCGGUCAAGUCAGUGUUGAGAUGGAUGCUGCACCAGGAGUGGACAUAACCAAACAUCUGAAUGAAAUGAGAGCCGAGUAUGAACUGCUGGCAGAGAAGAACCGCAAAGAUGCUGAAGCAUGGUUCCUCAAGAAGAGCAGUGAACUGAAAAAGGAAAUUUCCGUUGGUGUACAAGAAGUCCAAACUAGCCGCACUGAGAUCUCAGACCUCAAGCGCACAUUACAAAGUCUUGAAAUAGAACUACAGGCACAAAUGUCCAUGAAAAACUCACUGGAAGGAACAUUAUCAGAGACAGAAGGUCGUUACUGUGUACAACUGAACCAGCUUCAGAUCCAGAUCAGCAGUGUCGAAGAACAGUUGCAGCAAGUCAGAUCAGACAUGGAACGACAGGGGGCAGAAUAUGCAAGACUCUUGGACAUCAAGACCAGACUGGAAAUGGAGAUUCAAACCUACAGACGCCUGCUAGAAGGAGAAAUAGGAAGUUUCACAGUGCAACAAACCAAAUCUCAGACAUCAUCAGUGGACUCCAAAAAAGAUCCCACAAAGAUAAGGAAGGUGAAGAUGAUUGUUGAAGAGAUGGUGGAUGGAAAAGUUGUUUCUUCUGAAGUGAAGGAAACAGAAGAAAAGAUGAGUUAGAUUGGUAACAAUUUAGGUACAAUGAGCUACAGUGGAUGUACAAUGGCUCCAAAACAAAGACUCGCUUAUGAAAUUCAUAUUUCAACUACUUGUGAAAAAGCUACCAUGUGUACCAUUACAUAUAAAGCAUGGCAAUACCAAUAAUGUAAUUUUUCUGUUCUGAUUUGCCAAACACACUAUGCGAUGAACAGGAAAGAGGACAAAGCUAAACCAUUAUGGGGGCAAUGACAAUAUCCAUCAAUCUAGCCUAUGUACCCGUGUUUGUUUCAAUAAAGCAUUACAGUACUUUAUUUCUCUG